AUGAACAGGAACUACGACUACCUCCGUGAUGCUGAGCCUGAGGAGUGCCUCCUCCGGGCUCGUGUCUUCGAUUCCAACACUGAAGGACACAUCAGUGUUGAUGUUGGCCACAAUUAUGGAGUAGCCAACUACCUGGAAUAUGCCAACCUCGCAUAUGAAAACCCUUUCGACGAACGGGUCGUUGGAAGCCAUUUCAACUCAGACCGUUUCGAUCAGCCCACCCUCUCGUUCCCCGAUGACCCCGUUUACUCCAAGGAGCACAACCUGGCCGAGGAGCGUGAUAUCAUCUUCCACGCAAUGGACCUCGACCCCCACAACCACGAAGAGACCUUCGGCCCUCCGGACACUGCCUUUGAGGAGUGGCUCGAGACCAUGAUGCCAAAGGCUCUGAACGUGGUGGACAAGAGUGGUUUGUUCGAACAACUCCCUCAAGCAUACGAAAACGAGAUCUCCGCGUACGAGCAUGCGGAGCCCACCAAGGAUGUCCCCAAUAUCGACGCCCUCCCCCUCAACUCUGCGUCCGUCUCCCCCUGCCAGUCCGUCUCCGAUCUCUCUGAGACCGACGUUGGCGGCCACAAGCAGAAGGUCCUCUGGGGAGAGAAUGGUCUGCUGGGCCUGAAGGAGGAUGUGCCUUCGGUUGGUGCCCGCCGCAAGUCGGGGCUGAUCCGGACCAUGACCAAGAAGCUGAAGCACCAGCUUACCGAGAUGGUCGACGAAUCCAACAACGGGUUGAAGCGCAAGUCGUCGUCUUCGGUGUCUACUACUGCGCCUGGGAGCUCGGCCGCCUCCCUCGUCACCUCCAUGAGCUCCACCCUCCAGGCCAAGCUCUACUCGGAGCUUGAAGUCAUGAUUUGCGACACCGCAAAUGGCUUCAUUCUCCAGCAGUACUACGAUGGCCGUGUCUCCCAGCAGUCCAUCAACAAGGUCAACACGGCCUGGAACGCCAAGAACAACCACCAUGUGGCUGAAUUCCGCUUCGACCAGGAGACACAGCGGAAGCUCAUCUUCGCUAACCGUCGCGCCAUGGAGUUCACCGGGGACUCAUCCCGCUUCCCAAUUCGCCUUCAGACCAACCUGCAGAAUUGGAAGAAGAUUGCUCACGAGAUGAGCAUCCGUACCUUCUGCUUGCCAGAUAGCGCGAUCCGCAAGCACCUCUACGACCUUCGCCAGGUCAUCGACAUGAUGAACCCCUCUCUGGAAACUCUUCGCGCCUUCCGAGAUCUCUGCAAUUGGGCUCAGGACCAGAUGCUGGACAAGGUGACCGCCGCCCGCCGCCAAAGCGAGGCCCGCUUGAGGAAGGGUCCUCAUAGCUCCUGGUCUUCGCGCAACUCGCUUUAA